AUGUCUAAUCCACAGACAUUGGACAUCCCUGCAGUGGUUUUUGACAACGGCUCGGGACUCUGCAAGGUAGGCCUGUCUGGGGAGAUUGGACCCCGUCAAGUCAUCAACUCUGUCGUGGGGCAUCCCAAAUUCAACAUCCCUUCCGCCAGGGCCAAUCGCAAGAAGUACUUCGUGGGGGAAGAAGCCCAGUACAGGUAUGAUGCCUUAUAUCUGCACUACCCGAUUGAGCGUGGACUGGUGACCAGGUGGGAUGACAUGGAGAAACUCUGGAAGCAUCUUUUCGAGUGGGACCUGGGGGUGAAACCCAGCGAACAGCCCAUCCUGCUGACAGAGCCUUCCCUGAACCCGAGAGAGACGCGCGAGAAGACUGCGGAGAUCCUGUUUGAGAAAUUCAGUGUGCCUGCGCUCUACCUGCUCAACCACGCGGCGGGAGCACUGUAUGCUUCGGCCUGCGUGACCGGCCUGGUGGUGGACAGUGGCGAUGGGAUCACUUGCACUGUCCCCGUCUUUGAGGGCUACUCCCUCCCGCACGCAGUCACCAAGCUCUAUGUGGCAGGGAGAGACAUCACAGAGCACCUCACACGGCUCCUCCUAGCCCGAGGCUGUACCUUCCCUUGCAUCCUCAACAAGGCCGUGGUGGAUGACAUCAAAGAGAAGUCCUGCUACAUCUCCCUGGAGCCCGAGAUAGAGCCAUCCAAGAGGCGGCAGGAGGUCCUCACAGAAUUCAAACUGCCCGAUGGCAAUGUCAUCCACAUGGGGGACCAUCUAUACCAGGUACCUGAGGUCCUCUUCGCGCCCGACCAGCUGGGCAUCCAUGACCCCGGGCUCUCCAAAAUGGUCUGCAGCACUAUCUCCAAGUGCGACGCUGACAUCCAGAGCAACCUUUUUGCAGACAUCGUGCUGUCUGGAGGCACCACGCUCUUCCCCGGGCUGGAGGAAAGGCUCAUGAAAGAACUGGAAGAGAUGGCUUUCAGGGGGACCCCCAUCAAGAUCACUGCUUCUCCUGACAGAUGUUUCUCUGUGUGGAUUGGUGCAUCCAUCAUGACUUCUAUGAGCACUUUCAAGCAGAUGUGGGUCACUUCUGAGGACUUUAAGGAAUUUGGCAAAUUCGUGGUUCAGAGGAAAUGCUUUUGA